UGUUGUAUCCAACAGCAUAUUACUCUUGGAUUAUUACAUAAUACUGAAAUAAGAGACUACAGAUCCUUAUGAAGGUUAGAAUAACCGCGAGUGAUAGAUUUGUCAGAACAAUUCUUUUCUUUUACGGAAGAAUAUUUCAUCUGUACAUCCGAGACAACAUUGUAUUAUAUUUGGAUUUGAUUAAAUCAGAUAACUUUAUUCAGCAGAUCAAACCACAAUACAUAAAUCUAAUCUACUUAAGCUAUUAUCUAACUUGUGGAUCCCUUACUUUAACUCUUUACAUUCUGACAGAAUUCAAUAAGACUGAAAUGGAGAUAUCGGCAGAAGUAAAGAUGAUUUAUCCUAUCCGUCCCAUUAGUCAUAAUGAAUCUGCCGAGGUAUUGGUUAAAGGAACCGUUAGCCAGAUCAGCUCAUCACUUACCUUCUUAUACCUAUCCAAUCGGUCAAGGCACCGCUCUAGCAUGAUGAACCGUGCAGUAACAAUUGGCUUUCGAGAUGAGAAGAGAGUAUAA